CUAUUUGUGGUUAGAUCAAAGACAGGUUACACAUUGUAUGUAACUUGAAAAUCAAGGAGAAAGCUGCGAAACUAAGUUAAACCGAGAUGCUGCGUUCUUUGAUAGGAGCACAAAAGUGCUGGGGCCUGAUCCGCACCAGGAACUUUAUGGAACUAGCCACCAAACAGGCGUCAGCAUCCUUUGCAUUGUCCAAGCGCCACUACUCACCGCCCACGCAUAUUAAGCAAUCAGCGGUCGCCAAUGAAUCCGGAACCAUGGCGGAGGUCAAGCAGGGGAUGAUGAAGCGAUUGGGGCUGGAGCCCGGCUACAACCCGCUGCCCAAAUCCAGGGAGCAGCUGCUCAAGUACCAGCCGAAGCUGGAGGAUCUGCCUCCAAGAGCCAUGCAGGAUUCCUUUACCUCGGCCAUCAUUCCCCUGAGCACGGACCGCACUUUGCAGGACAAAUAUGUGACCUAUCUGGGCAAUGUGCGAUUCGGCCGACUGCUGGAAGACAUGGACUUGUUUGCUGCUUGGUGCUGUCAUAAGCACCUGGUUCUGCCCAAUCUGCCGGAGGGAGUUCAUCUGCCGUACACAUUUGUGACCAUUCUGGUGGACCGCAUCGAUUUCACCAAUGUGUUGGCCUCAGGCACCCAAGAUAUCCGUUUGUCUGGCCACGUUUCCUGGGUUGGAACCAGUUCCAUUGAAGUGGUAGUGUGGCUGGAACAGAUGGUUGAUGGAAGGUACCAAAAGUUAACCCGUGCCUUGUUCCUAAUGGCAGCAAGAAACGCCAACAAUACCGGAGCGGCUCCUGUGAACCCAUUACAGCCGGCUAACGAGGAAGAGAAAGUAAUCCUGGCUGGCGGGGCAGAUAGAAAGAAGAAACGUCAGAUUCUGUGUGCUCAGUCCAUCUUUAAGGUGGAACCCAAUGACCCGGAGCAGACAAUAAUGUACGAGCUGUACAAGAGGACAACUCCCACCAACACUUUGGAACUCAACAAGCGCAUCCUGCCGCCAAACUGUCGCUGGAUGGAGGACUCUUUCCAGAUGAGCACUAUUCCCUCAUUUCCGGAGCACAGGAACCACCACAACCGGGUCUUUGGAGGCUUCCUCAUGCGAAGUGCCCUGGAGAUAAGCUGGGCAGCAGCCUACCUCUACUGCAAAACGCGACCCAAGCUGGAGCACAUUUCCGACAUCAGCUUCGAGAAGCCCGUUAGCGUGAACAGCUUCAUCAAGAUGACCGCGUAUGUGGUGUACACCAAGGAGAACUACGUGCAGAUCAUGACCGUGGCAGAUGUGAUGGACCCACAAACGGGCAGCCAGGUGACCACUAACACGUUCUACUACACCUUCUCGUCUCCGGACACGGUUACCGAAGUGCUGCCCCGCUCCUACCACGAAACCAUGUGGUACAUCCAAGGUCGUCGGAAGUUCGAGGCCAGCAUGGGUCCAGUGUAGACAUGGUGCAGCCUGUGAUUGUUACGCAAGAUAUUAUGCAAGGCUAUCCUACCAGAUAAAUGCAAUUACCAGUUCAGUGUUUACAACAAGCAAUAAAUGUCUGUUGUUCAAUGAUGUGCUUAACCAGCUUAGAACAUUUAAAAUUUUCUAUUAAACCCUAUCGAAGAGUACUAGAUUAAAUGUUUAUUAAUAUAAUAACUGUCAAAAUA